GAAGAGGGAGGAGAGAGCAGAGAGGAUCCUGAAAAGAAAAGAAAAAAAGACGGGGGAGAGGAGAGGAGAGGGGACGACGGGACGGGAGCGGCGGAGCUGAGCGGCGCGGCGCGGCGGCUUCUGGCGCUGCUUCCUUGCCUCCCAAAUCCCCCUCGCGAGGAUCCAUCACCUUCUUCGUCUUCUUCGACAUUGCAGCGUAAUUGGAUCUUGAGCAAGAGGCGCCGAGGUUUCGCUGCUUCCUCCCGUCGCCGGCUUGUGGGCUACGCACCUACCCCCUGGUGCCGGUGCUGCUGCUUCCUCCGGGGUUGCACCCUCUCGUGCUCCGCCGCACUUGACCUGUUCGACGAAAUGCCGGGUUUUUGGGUCUCUCUGUGCUUGCUGAGGUUGAGCACCUUGAGCUGCGCGCCCACGGUGCCGGUUGGGCGCCGCAGAUGAAGUCUCGUCUGCUCAGGGCAGUUGCUUUUUCUUAUCAGCAUUCUAUAACCGGUGUGCUUUUGCCCUGCAGGGCUACUGACGCUCCUGCUUGAUCCGGCCUUGUCAUCCUCUAACUUGUCUUGUUGCUAAACUCAGGUGAUCAACUACGGUCCUCAUUGCACAUGUACUGUUUGGUGAAAUGCGCGUGAGUUAGCAUGUGUUUCUUGGUUACCCUGCUUUCUAGUAGGUAGCUUACGUUCUGUCGCCACACUCUCGUUCUGCCUUCGAGAUAUCACCACCUUUCUCGAGACCUCUUACUUCGAUGAAAUGCUCGUGAGCUACGUCCUCACCUUCCCUUUUGCAAGACUGUGACCGCAUACUCAAUUGUGCUCUGUUCGCUCCGUGCUGACUCAACUUGACUGCUCGCGUGGCUACGCUGCUCCUCAUAACUCUAAGAUCGGUGUCCAGUGGUUCUUCCUCUUUCACGAGACCGUGACUGCAUACACAAUUGUGCUCUGUUCGCCCUGUGCUGCCUCCACUUGAUUGCUUCUUUCGCUACGCUGCUCUUGCUAACCCUAAGAUUGGUGGUGUUCUGCUGUUCUUCUUCUUCCUCUUCCGCGAGACUGUGACUCGAUAUUCAGGGCUGCAAGGAUCCCCAAGGCCUCUCCUUUGCUGGUGUGCUUGCUCGUCUGCGUCAAGUUGUUUCGUCGGACUUAUUGUGCUAAGGAGGUUGCUAUUCAUGUUUUAAGUCCCAAGGAUCUCAAUCAGAAGGGCUUGGUCAGCAAGAAAAAUUCAUUUUAAGAUCAGCAUCUAAACAACGGUCUUCGAUUCACAACAAGGGCAGAGCAGAAUGGAAGACACGACCAACGAGGUGGUCCAUACGCUUGAAUAUCAGCUAUUGCACGCUUGCCAUUAUGAAGAGACAAUGAUGGCUGAGAGCUUCUUGAAGAUGCCCUCAGGCCCAAAUUUUGAUCAUGUACAAUGGAACUUUCCCAGAUUGGUCAUGGAUCUCAAGGAUCCAGAUGAUCUGCAUUGCCUAACACUCAUGAAAACCUGUGCUCAUAAGAACAUCUUGCAACUGAAGACGGUUAAUGUAGAGGGUGCUCAUCUUGUAGUUUGGACCGAGCCAUACACAGGCAGGUUGAUUGAUUUACUCAGGAAAAUGAAAUCAAAUCUUGGCAAUCCCAUAUGUCCUCCUCCAUGGGUGGUUCCUUCAGAUGUACUGCAAAUAAUUGUGGACCAAGUACUUGAUGGCAUGGGACAAUUGAGACUCGAUGGCAAGUACCAUGGAAACUUUUCACUCGAAAACACGUAUUAUCACAUGGAAUCAGGGAAGCCAAUAGUCAAGCUUGCCAAUUUUAGAGUGAAAAAAGAAGCAAAAUUGCGGCAAUGCCAGUUAGAAGAUGUUUGGGAUAUUGCUCGUGCUCUUGAUGAGAUUUGCGUUAUCGCUGAAGAGUGUACUAGGACAGGACGGGUACCUUUGGACUGUUAUCUUGUUGCUGAUCUUUCAAAGAAGCUGAAAGAAGUUUCAUUAGGGGACUUGGUUACUGUUAUGAAAGACAUCAAGAAACAUAGCUUCUUUUGGGGCUCCUAUCAGAGGAAAAGGUUUUUCGUAUGUGAUCUGCCUUUCGCCUUAAGGAGCUCAGAUUUCAAGAAGGAUGUUGAAGCUUCGUCAACUCUCUGUACUAUACCAUGGGAUACUGAUCCAUAUUCUGGGCUCCUUCAAGACAUGAAUCAGUACCGCGCACUCCAUAAGAAGCACGCAUACGAUGGAUCUAAGAAGACGGGAUUUUGUUCGUUCUGCAGCGGGUUAUACAGCCAUGAGUUUGAGCUUCCUGUCGUUCAGAAUAGACGUGUUUGCGUUGACAAGGUCCUUCAACAAAGACAUAGAAAAGCCUGUUUUGAGAUGGUGGGUAUGAUGCCCGACAGAGAGACCAAGUAUAUGCUAUCCAAAAAAGAGGCUGCAUGAGGUGCAUUGUGGACCACCUACCUUUUCUUGCUAUUUGAAGUGGAUGCGUCCUCCAAAGGCUGAAACUUAUUUAGCAUACUGCUGUAUGAAUAAAGAAAAGCAAACAAAUGCAGUGUAUAUUGUUCUGUUUUGGUUCCAGUGAUGAACUCUCAUGUAGAGCAUACUAAGAAGACUGUGGGGUUCUAGGAACAUUUUUGUCUGUUGUGUCACCUGCUACUGGCGUGGAGAGUAAAGAACCUAGAAUAUCUUAGUUCUGUUUCA